AUGAACAAGGUCCUACUCUUGUCCUGUCUUGCACUAACUGUUCUCUUUGCCAGUGGGGCACCAACAUUGCCUCCUCCCACCACUUUGCUGCAGUACUUAAUACCUGACUUAAUAGAAGUCCAAAAGAAACUCAAUGAUGUAUCAGAAAGGAUGAAGAGAUAUGAACUCUACAUCCCAAGUAAUGCCAGUAGCAUCGCAGACCUGCAGUGUUUCACUAAAGAACUGAACCCUGUGGCUGAAGCAUUGAAAUAUGAAUCAAGAGAAGCUCCAGAUAUUCAGGAUCAUAUCAGUAACAUUAAUUUGACUGUUAAUAACCUAAUGGGAUCUGAAAUACAGUGUCACUAUGCUGCCAAGAUUAAGAUCGCAGGAUUUUUUCAAGAAUUCAUUACUUUCUGCCAAAGACUCAUCCAAUUAACUCGAUGA